AUGGCGAUCGGCCCAGAAGAGACCAUAUACCGAAGUGAGACGGGACUGGACGCCGCCUUCGAGAUCAAAAUUGACCCCGCAGAUUUGACUUUUGUCAAGUUGCUCCAAGGCUUCAGAAGUAUCCUCAAUAUUUCAGGUCGAUUACCGUGGGAAGCCACGCGUGCUGAAAGUUAUCCCGGAUAUGCCAGUGACCGCGUCCGUGACUUGAACCGCUCUCGCCCCGAGAUUAGGGCCUAUUGCAGGCUAAAACGCUUUGGUAUAUGUGACGGUGGCUAUGUGCCAAAUUUUUAUGGGUUUAUGCUAGAGGUAGAUCCAGCAAACUUUGCACCUCACCUCAGCGCCUUUCAGCAUGAUAGUGGCCAUCCAAGCGCGAUCCUGAUUGGGUACCUACCACAUUCCACGCCGAUGAACUGUGUCACCUAUAGCAAAGAGCGUAUGGACAAGGCAAUCAAAGGCAUCGAGCAAAUCCAUUCAGCCUUUAUUGAACACAUUGAUCCUUACACCAAGAACAUCCUCAUUGUUCCUGGGUCCGAGAGGGUUCUUUGGAUUGAUUUUGAUGUUGCCAUUACUUACCCAAACAGUACAUUCAUUGGAGAAAGGGAACGCUGCUGGAUUAAGGAGGAAACUGAGUGUGUCAAAGGUUUCGGAGUGAAGCGCGCUCUCCUUUCUUUUUCUCGGAAUUUCAGCAUGUCUAACAAGCUUAACCGGCAGGCGAUCAAAAGAAGGAUCUCCAGCCAAAUACGAAAUAUUACUAGAUACAAUCCUUCUUGGCCAAAAGUUCCUCUUAACAGUCCCAACAGAAUGGUCAAGCUUCCCGGCCCUUCCGCCUUCCACGGUAUAAACGGCGCCACGAGCAGAUUACCAUUCCCAUCUAGCCUUUUGAUUGGUACCAACUCAGCAUCAGUUAAGACAAAACUGUACCGCGCAUCGUGCUGUUUCAUGUAA